AUGUCCGAAUUGAGAACCGAAAACAGCGGAAUGUCGCACAUUGUGAACUCAGGCCCUGUGUCUAUCGGAGCUUACUGUUUCUCGUCCAUUCUUAUGACCGUUACCAACAAGUUCGUUGUCAGCGGGGACAAGUUCAACAUGAACUUUGUUAUGCUGUUCGUGCAGGCUUUGGUAUGCACUCUCUGUCUCGCGGUUCUGAAAAUGUUAGGCUACGCCAAGUUCCGUCCCCUCAACAAGACCGAUGUCAAGAACUGGUUUCCAAUCUCGCUCUUGCUCGUGGCCAUGAUCUACACCUCAUCGAAAGCCUUGCAACAUCUCGCCGUCCCAAUUUACACCAUUUUCAAGAAUCUAACCAUCAUUUUGAUCGCCUACGGCGAAGUUUUGUUUUUCGGAGGCUCAGUCUCUGCUAUGGAGCUCUCGGCUUUCGUGGUCAUGGUCUUGUCUUCUGUGGUAGCUACUAUGGGUGAUCAACAAGACUUGUCUGCCAAGACUGCCAAUCAAGCGCAGAGCGCCACUGAAGGCUAUGUCUGGAUGUUCACCAAUUGCAUUGCUUCCGCUCUAUUUGUGUUGAUUAUGCGCAAGAGAAUUAAGUUGACCAAUUUCAAGGACUACGACACUAUGUUCUACAACAACAUUUUGGCUUUGCCCGUUCUAUUGAUCUCAUCCAUUGCCUUGGAAGACUGGUCUCCCGCCAACUUGACUACCACUUUUACCAACGAAUUCUUAACCGCCUUGGUUAUCUCCGGCUUGGCCUCUGUUGGUAUCUCAUACUGCUCCGGAUGGUGUGUCAGAGUCACUUCGUCCACUACGUACUCUAUGGUUGGUGCAUUGAACAAGUUGCCUAUCGCCUUGUCUGGUUUGAUCUUCUUCGAUGCCCCAAAGAACUUUUUGUCUAUUUUCUCCAUUUUCUUGGGUUUCCUAGCUGGCUUAAUCUACGUUGUCGCUAAGCAGAAGAAGCAGCAGAAGCAGAAACCUCAACCACCAAAGGUUUAA